AUUGUGUCCUUGCUCCUCUCUUCAGGUCAGAUUGCUGUGUUUUCGACUUCGUCAUUCCUGAGAGAAGGACGUGGUGCCUUGCGAAGGAGAAGUAGAGCCCUGCGGGACCAAUUCAACUUCACUUAUUUAUCCACACAACUACGAGAAAAUGUCUAAGGUGAAUGGAGAAAAGAAGGGUGUUCUGGAGAGGUUGAGGGAUGGAGUUGUGGUGGGGGACGGUGGGUUUGUCUUUGCCCUGGAGAAGCGUGGUUAUGUGAAGGCAGGACCAUGGACCCCAGAGGCAACAGUCGAGCACCCUGAGGCCGUUCGCCAGCUGCACCGCGAGUUUGUGCGUGCUGGCGCGGACGUCUGUCAGACGUUCACCUUCUACGCCAGUGACGACAAGCUGGAGAACCGUGGCAACACCGCCAACAAGACUCACACAGGGUCCAAAAUCAACCAGGCGGCAUGUGACCUGGCCAAGGAGGUGGCGGACGAGGGAGGAUGUCUUAUUGCAGGCGGCAUAUCACAGACCCCGACCUACCUCAGUGGCAAGGGGAAGGAGGCUGUCCAGGCAGAAUUUCGCAAGCAGAUCCAGAUUUUUGUUGCCAAUAAUGUUGACUUCCUGCUUGCUGAGUACUAUGAGCAUGUAGAAGAAGUAGAGUGGGCCAUCGAGGUGCUGAAGGAGACUGGGAAGCCAGUGGCAGCCAACAUGUGCAUCGGGCCGGAGGGAGACAUGCACGGGGUGUCUGCUGGGGAGUGUGCUGUCCGUAUGGCCAAGGCUGGAGCGGACAUAGUGGGCAUCAACUGCCACUUUGACCCUUUUGUGUGCCUGGAGGGUAUGAAGAAGAUGAAGGCAGCACUGGACAAGGCUGACCUCCAUCCCUACCUGAUGGUGCAGCCCCUUGCCUACAUGACCCCCGAUGCUGGCAAACAGGGCUUCAUCGACCUGCCAGAGUUCCCCUUCGCGCUGGAGCCACGUGUGUGCAGCCGCUGGGAGAUCAUGAAGUUUGCUCGUGAGGCAUACGAGAUCGGGAUCCGGUACAUCGGUGGCUGCUGCGGAUUCGAGCCGUACCACAUCAGGGCCAUAAGCGAGGAGCUCAGCAAGGAGAGGGGAGGCUUCAUGCCAGAGGGUUGCCAGAAGCACGACAUGUGGGGACAGGGCCUGCGUCUGCACACAAAGCCAUGGGUCCGCGCCAGGGCCCGUCGUGAGUACUGGGAGAACAUGAAGCCAGCCAGCGGGCGUCCCUUCUGCCCCUCCUGCUCCAAACCAGACAACUGGGGCGUCACAGCCGGCGACGACAUGCUCAAACAGAAGACAGAGGCCACCACAGAUGAGGAGAUCAAGCAGCUGGCAGCAAAAUGAGAACAGCGAUUCUGCAGAAGUUUCGCCUCAACACAAUCUUUAGCAACUAGUGAUAAGACCUCAACCAAAGAAGACAGAAACACUGCAGACUUAACUUCAGAAGGUCUUUAUUUUCUGAAAGGUUCAAGACUUAUAACACCAGUCAGGGAGACUAUACUUCAAAUCCUCAGCUUAGGUUGUUAUAGAGCUUUUGGCUUCUGUGAAGCUUGCUUUCUUCUUCUUCUUCACACAAGUGCCUUAGUCAAUGGAAAUAAUGCUGGUGCACUAGAAAAGGACCAUGAAUGAUUGUGUAAGGAUAUAGAAAAUGUUAAAAAGAGCAAGUCUUUGAAAAGAUACACAGUUUGAAAGAGAAUUUGAUGCACAAAACACACACACACAUAUCCAUCUGACAGUUCAGCUUUCUUUGAUCCUGGAAUAUAUGUGGUGACAGCAAAUAUAAUGCAAGUAGCCUUGUGGAACUGGUAGUUUAUCUUGUCAAAUGCUUAUCCAACACGAUUGAAUAAGCAAAUUUUGAUGUAGUUUCUAAAGACUGAGUGACAGACAAUGCAUUACAGAUGUUGCACAUUAGAAUAUUUUGGACAGGACAGGAAAAUGUUUCAAUAAUACAAUACCAAUUUUGGGGUAGCAUAUAGAUGCACUGCUGCUGAGUUGUCAGAAUCACUUUGAGAAUUUACAUUAGAGAUGUUGAGCAAUAAGUGCACAUGUUACAUGAGCAGUGAACCAAGAAAGUACCUCGUGCUGAGAAACGCUGAAGAACACCGUACUUAACUGGGUAGGCAUCUGUAUGAAAAAGAGUUCUGUACAAGAACUUAGUUUUGCUGUGUUGCUUGCUCUGUAAAUGAAACAACAAGUUGUGGAUAUGUGUAAAACGACACUCAGAUCAUUGUGAUUCAGGGUGAUAUUUUGAUGGAAGUUGUCAACGUACUUAAAUUCUUAUGGUCAAGGUACGAGUUAUAGAAUAAACAAGGUUGUGGAUCUCAA